GUUUGAAUUACAACUUGACCGCUGAUGUGGGAAAGAAGGAAAAGAGCCAGCAGCCCAGAGUUUAUUUUGUGACUUCUGGAGAGACAGCAGGGCAGAUUACAGAGAAGUUACAACUGUCAUUCAUGCAGGAAAAAUGUGAGCAUUACCUAGCAUACGUCAAGAAAAGAGUCAAGGAUGUCAUCUCUCCAAUUGUAUUUGAAGCAUCAUACAGCCUUGGGGAACAUGCAAUAGAAAGAGGAAAAGAGGACAAGGAACUAACUACUCUGAAGCCCAUUCUUCGCUGGAAGAAAGGACAAAAGAUAGCACAAAGGAAUCAGACUGUUUUUGAGAGGAACUGUCAAUCUGAUGACUGUGCUGCUGAUUUGAAACUUCAGGGUAAAUUAUUGCUAUCAAGUGUUCAUGAUAGAACAGCCUACCUGGCGCUGGGAGCAGUGAGAAACAUCUCACUUAACAUUUUCGUCUCCAACACUGGUGAUGAUGCCUAUGACACCAAUGUUUUCUUCAAUUUUUCUGGAGAGCUCUUCUUCAUCAAAAUGUGGCAAAAGGAGGAGCUGGGCAUUGCUUGUGAGUUACUGGAGUCAGAUUUCCUCAAGUGCAGUGUGGGAUUUCCUUUCAUGAGAUCCAAAUCUAGGUAUGAGUUCACUGUGAUCUUUGAUACAAGCCAUUUGACCGGUCAGGAAGAAACACUUACCUUCCUUGUCACUGCCCAAAGUGGAAACCUAGAAUGCACUGAGUGUCUGCAUGAUAAUACUCUAAUCCUCUCUGUGCCCCUGAUGCAUGAGGUGGACUCAUCCAUCAAUGGAGAAGUCUUCCCUACUUCAUUUUUCUACGGUGAUUCUGUGGCAGCUUCCAACUUUGUUCAGCUGGAAAACCAUGAAUGCCUUUUCCAGUCUCUCAACUUCACACUGCAGGUUUACAAUGCUGGACCAAGCACUCUUCCUGGAGCUUUUCUUGAUAUUUCAAUUCCAAACCGCCUCUCUGCCACUGGAGCUGAACUAUUUCAUAUUCAGCAGAUGAUGGUUGGUCAGGACAAAGGAAGCUGUUCUUUCAAUAGAAACCACAGCCCAUGUGUUGUUCCUCAAGAAAAUGAAAAUAUUUUCCACACAAUAUUUGCUUUUUUCACGAAGUCUGGCAGAAAAGUAUUGGACUGUGAAAGACCAGGCAGAUCUUGUUUAAUUGUACACUGCAACAUAAGCUCACUACCUAAAGCAGAAUCCUGUGAUAUAAAUAUCUACAUGCUGCUGAAUACCGAGAUACUCAGGAAGGACAGUUCAUCGGUCAUCCAGUUUGUCACAAGGGCAAGGCUUCAGAUGGACCAUGAUCUCAGAGUUGUGGAGGUGCCCAAUGGGAACCCAGAAGAAAAAACAGUGGUCUUUGAGGCCUUGCACAAUCUGGAGCCUCGUGGGUAUGUUGUCGGAUGGAUCAUUGCCAUCAGUUUGUUGGUGGGAAUUCUCAUCUUCCUGUUGCUGGCUGUGCUCUUAUGGAAGAUGGGCUUCUUCCGCCGGAGGUACAAAGAAAUUAUUGAGGCUGAAAAGAGCAGAAAGGAGAAUGAAGAUAGUUGGAACUGGGUCCAGAAAAAUCAGUAAACUGCCCAUGAAAACAAAACUGCCCAGUCACAUGACAUGCACUUGCUAGUCUAUAGGUCCUGCUCUCGUAUCUUCCAUAUGUGGAAGAAGGAAUCUUCUCCAGAUUUUUCGGAGACCCCAUUGAUGCUGUGUCUUUAUUACUCCAAAAACCUAGGGAACAUAUCCUGAGGCAACCACUGCAGCCAUGUCAGGUGACUGGUGCAAUUCACACUUCAUUUAAGAAUUGAACUUUGAACUUUGGUAACCAAGCUGCAGUGCAGAGCAAUAUUUAUGAAUCCAACUAUGUAGUAUGCCCUCAGGGGAAGACUUUUGCCUAAGAAUAUUUUUUAUAAAUACAAGCUUUUUAUAUUGAGUAUGUCUUUAUAUUUGUAUCAAUGUUUUAUAAUUUCUAUUUAAUAGCUAUAUAGUUCACUCAAGCACUGAUAUCUGGCUAAAUCUUUGGAAAUACAUACAUAUAUAUAUAUAUAUAUAUAUAUAAAAUUCUAUUGUACUUUUAAACAUCAAUGCAAGAGAGAAAAGAGAGAUUUGCAGAUAAAAGUAGCUGGAAUCCUUGUAUGCUUAAUUCACAACUCUUGGUAAUAUCAUAUAUAGAGCAUUUAAUACAAAUAAGUCAAAAUAUUUUUACUGUCUCUUUCUUUAAGUUAAAUUUUGUAUUUGAUUUUUAAGCUACAGAACCUAAAGUAUUUCACAGUUGUGAUACUCUGUAUCUUGUGUCUGUCCUUUACUAGCCUGGAUGGGAAAGGAUAAAAAUACUUCUUCAGUGACAUGGAGCAAGCAGUGCGCUUUGGCUCACUGAAGAAGGUAGCACAGAAUGUUCUCUUUGGGAAGUUUUCUUUUGCAGUUUCUAGGACUGUGCAGUUGAGAUACCAGAAGGACAUAAUUGGGCAAACCACUAUGGCAUUGACAAAUUCCUUUAAAUAAUUUUUAAAAGGUAAUUAAGUCAUAUUAAUAUUAAGAUGGAUAGUUUUAAAGCUACUGUUAAAAGAUUGUGAUCUGUUGCUGUCAAAGCCAGUGAUAACUUGCUACAUGCUGUGAGCAUUAUGCCUUUCAUGUGAGUUACAUACUUGAGUCAUGAUUUUGUUUAUAUGAUAAUUUUAAGAGAGAUAAGUAGAUGCAAGGAUUAAAAUGUUUGGAUAUUUGAGUCUUGAGAUUGCCUGUCUGGGUGUUCCAAGUACUGAAUGUAUUUCCUCAAGAAUUUAGUAAAAAGUUUAGUAAAGACGCAGGUGUUACUGGAUCUCAGCUUGCCACUUUUAUUGCUGGUAAUUCUUUAACAAAUUGUUUGUUGAAUUAGAAGAAAUCCAGUUGUAAUUAAUUCAAGCACAUUUCUUCAAAAUGCUCCUGGAUUUCUGAAUAGAAAUAGUGGAACUUUGUAAGACUUGGGUUUAGAUUCUACUUGUAUUUUACACUUUGUGUGAAUAAGGAGUAAAUGUCAUAUUGGUAUAAAAUCCAUGUAAAGGAAAGAAGGGCCAAGCUCUGUGGUAGAAAGUGAAAGGUUGCAGGAUGUCUUCUUCCUUAGGAGUGUGGUAAAAGAACAGCUGGAAGUUUGGAAACUUGAAUGCGGAGAACAUGCAAGAAAUCUGCUUGAGAACAGGUCUUGCUCUUCCUUGCCAUAUUCAUGAUAGCUUCAAAUUAUAAAAAUGGACCACAUUCAUGUUCCUGUUUGCUUUUUACCACCACCAUCAUCAAGUGUCUGCUAUUACUACAGUAUUGACUGAUAUUUAUUAACUCUUAGCUAUCUGCAUGCAUUAGGGAGAAAAUAGUUUUAAAGUGAAUUAAGUGUAUUGGUUCAACAUCUGACAAGAAAAACAAGUUGCUUGGGUUAUCUGAGAGAGAAAUUAUACCUGAUGUAAACUCCAAGCCUGUAGACCACUUAAGCAAUAUUUUCUUUUCAAGGUGGCGAAGACUUCUGCGAGCAUAACAGUGAAAUCAUCCCUUUCUAUGCCUAAAUGCAUGAAUGAUAAUGACCCCACAUACCAAGUCAGUGAUGUUCAGGUAGCCCAGUUUGCUGAAAGCAAUAGAUAUGAAAAAUUUUUCUUUGACAAUAUUUAGUAUCAGUUUUCUUGAAUGUGUUCUGUUUAUGGGCACAUUUUUGAGUUUUGCACAAGUUUAAAGCAUAGUGUCCAUUUGACAUGGAAAUAUAUAAUACUGCUUUCGCUAAAGAAUUAAGGGAGUCACAGAAUUAAUCCCAAGUCUACCCAUUUGCUAGGGUUUCUUGGAUAUAAAUGAAAAUAGAAUUUCAUUCAUUGAAUGUGCAUUGAUUAAACUGGCAUGAAGUCUAAUUACUUUUGGAGCUUGGUUUGCAUGCAGUAGAGUACCUGCACCAUUGUCCCUUCUUUUUCUUAGAAUGUUAUUGCUUUCAUAUUGUGAAAUUGUAUAUUUCUUUUUGUGAACUUGUGAUUGGAAGAAAAUGUUCACUCUUACUGAUAUCACCUGUAUUUAGAAGCUUGUGUUCACCUGUAUUCUGAUUCACUUGCACUGUUUUGGAAAUGUCAGGUUUACAAAAAAUACAACUUUUGGAAUAAAAAAAUGACUGUAAAAUUUUCCUAAUAAUAUUUUGUCAGUUAUUGGCCUUGUCUAGCUCAAGUACUUUUCCAUUAAGUGAGUGAGACAUUUUCUUCUGUAUAUUUGAAUUAAAUACUAUAUGUGUGUGUUUAUCUGUGUGUGGCUAGUAGACAUCUUUUAUUGUAAUUCUAUUAUUUAUAACAUCAAACUGUUUGGAGACAAAGAGUACAGCUGACUUGACUACAGUAUU